GGUUUUUCUCAGGAAUAAGAACGACGUAGAUGAAAUAUUCGCCAAAAACAAGUCUGUCUUUGUGAAAGCAGAAACCUCUCGAUGCGCUAUGCCCUGUAGGAUUUGAAUUAAUUGACAGGAGAAUAUGCAUCACCGUGUAAGGAAAAGGUGGCGUUUACUAGAAGUUGUGAGCGGGGGUUACAUCUUUUAAAUUGUAUUUGACAUUUUUUUUUUACCACAAAUGUUGUGUUGUCCCGGACAGUCAGCAGCAACAGUUUAUACAGUUACGUUCUCCUGCUGUAUAAAUUAAGGUACGGUAGGUCUAAUUUCCCCCUUUCGCUUGUUCAAAUCGAACACAUUACGUAUUUACUGACAGACGGAUGUGAAUUUUCACAGGAGCUAUCCAUUUGCACUGCGAUGCACUAUUUGGAUGAAUAAAACCUCUCCCCGAACCACUCAGUCUGGAUUUUGUUUCUCUCCUUUUUCCACCUCCAAAAAAAGGGAAAGCCUGCCCGUGUGCUGUACCAGCAGCAGUACUGUAUCCUCACAUUCAAUCUCAGAUUGGACCUUGCUGCAUACGCGAGUGUCUCCUUCUACACCACUACUUUGGAAAGGAAGACCGAGACUCUCCGUUCUUCUGAAUCCAGUUUUGCAACGUUUUGAGAAAGUUAUGGCUCAGAAUUGCCGUCGAACUGUUAUCUUUUUCCAGUGCUUGGGGUGUCUGCUCUGUUUUAAUGUCAUUCUCGUUCAAGCAGAUGGGAAGGUGUUCAUGCUGGAGUCCAGAAAUGGCUCUCAGGGAAUGGACCUGGCCACUGCGCAGGGGGCGUGUGAGUCACAGGGAGCCCGACUCGCCAUGCCAGAGGAGCUGAGACGAGCCGUCAUCGAGUGCUCUUUCACCGCCUGCACCAGAGGCUGGUUAGCGGACACCAAUCUUGGGACCACUGUGUGUAACAACCUUGACGGUGGGCAGCAGAAUAUGAAAGCCGUGGAUGUGAAAAUCGAAAGCACCACUGAUACGAGCAGCCAGCAUGAUUCCUUCUGCAUAAAAGACAAAGAUAAGCCAUGUGGGGACCCCCCUUCCUUCCCCCACACCACUCUGCAGGGGCACACUGGCUUUGAGAUGGGAGAUGAGCUGCUUUAUGUCUGUGCCCAGGGCUACCUCAUGGCCAGUGGAGAGAAUGCCUUCACCCUGCUGUGUGACAGCUGCGGAGAGUGGUACGGGCUGGUUCAGUCUUGUACCAAAGAUGAGACAGAGGCGCAUAUUGACUAUGAAGACAAGUUCCCUGACGAAAGGUCGAUGGCGUUUGAAGAUACUGAUGAGGAUGAGGAUGAGGAAUUUGCUUUUUCAGAGCAUGAGGACACUGAGCAGGAAAGAGGAGAUGUGAAAAAGGGAGAGGUGGUGGAGGAAGAGGAGGUGGAGGACUUCACUGAGCGGGAGAACCUGGAGCCCACGACCCCAACAGAGUCUCCCGUUUCGCUGCUGAGUCAAAAACACCUCUUCUGGUUCCCCUCCGAGACCUUCCACGAGACCAAGCAGCCAGAGGAGCCCCAGGAACCUACUAGCGAAAGCACCAAAACUGAGUUCUAUGAGGGGGACAACUACAUUGGGGUGAAGUCCUCAGGCAGUGAAAACGGAGGAGUCAAAACCUUCGACAAUAAUGAGGACUUCCCUAUUGACUCGCCUUUGGAGACAAACAAUGAAACCAAAACCACGAAGGAAUCUGUAGCCAGCACCGACGAGUCCUGGCUGGAUGGCUACCCGGUAAUGCAAGAGGUCGAGGAAGGCGAGAAAGUGGAUGGCUCCAUGGAAACCGAGGAAGGGGAGGGCGUGGUCACGACUGACCAGCCAAACCACGUGGAGAUCAGCAGAGCCGACACCUCAAGCACCAGCCCGACCACCGACUUCACCCAGAUAGUGGCGGGACCCACCAGGCAGCUGGAUUAUGGUGACAAGCCUGUUCCUGUGGAGCUGACACCAACCUCACCCCCGGAGAACGUGAGCGCCAGCAAAGGCAUGGACUACACGUAUCACACAACCACAUCAUCCAGGAUAGUCAUGGCCAACACUACUACCAUGGAAGAGACUGUCGAGCACCAGGAAUUCCCGGCAAUACCCACAGACACCUGGGAAACAACUGAGACAGUGUACCCCUUCAUCAAUCACAUACCAGUGCCAACAUACGCAGAAGAUACCACCACGUCUUACCAAGAGCCUAUAGAAACUACUACCAGAUCACCAGACGAGUUUGCAGGAACGGCCCUUUACGAUGAAUUCACAGAGAAAGAGAACCUCACAGAGGGUACCGGAGCCAAGUUACUUCCGACAGCAGAAACGUGUGUAGGGGAGGACUGUCCCCAGCCUAGCAAAGGCCCCAUGAUCGCCACCAUCCUCAUUGUCAUCUGUUUGUUGAUAUUUACCGCUGUAUUGGCUGUCUGGUGCUACAAGAAAAAACAACAGAAGAGCUUUGUUUAUAAGAUGAAUGGGAAAGGCCAGACCAGACACCCCCAGCACAUUGAAAUGCAACAGAAGGUCUAACUUUUUUUUUUUUUUUUUACUGGGCUAGCUACUAGCUGGAGUUGAUUUACAAAGCUACUCAAGCCCCCAGUGGAUGCCUAGAACUGACUCUUUCUUUAGAGACAGAGGACAAUGUGGUACCAAGAAUUUGUUUUUGUUUGUUUUGUUUUGUUUUUGUUUCCAAAGGUCAAAUGUUGUCACAAAAUGGUUCCAGCACCUUAAAUAUAAAACACAUGCAUUCUUAGACAAGCCCAAAAGAUUCAGAGACAGUAAAUAAUAAAUGGUGGGUGGCUUCAGGGGCCUAGUUAUAACUGUUUGAUGGCUGUUUUUAGGGCGUAUGUAAAAUGGGUCACAAACUUCAACACAAUUGUAACUAAAUAAGCUUAUCUGGAAGACAGUCUGAUGGAGGCAAGUUGUUGAUGCCAAAAAGCCUGCAUAUUAUUGUCAUUAGGAUGUCAUUCUGUGUGUUCCUUCAGCCCAUCAUGCAGUCUAUCCAACACCUUUCGAGAGCACUAAAUCUCAACAGUUCCACACAUAACAAGCAAACCAGAUUUUUGACAAUAAAUACUAUAGUUAGAUAAAGGUAAAAUAAUGUACAAGCAAUCAACAUUUUUUAAGUUUUCUCUUUAGAAUAUAGCCAAAGAAACACUGCUGUAUGCAAUUGGGUAUAAAUUAUCUUAUGUAAGGCACAACAUUUUAGAAUGUAUAGAUAUAUGUUUAAUUAAAUUUUUUACAAAUUCACAAGUCUAAUAAUGAGCUGAAAUACAUUUUGUGAAGACCUGUGACCUUUUAAAACCGUCUGUGUUUUAAAUGAUCUAUGGUAAGGCAUACGUACCAUGCUCAAAUGAAAUGGGGAAAUUGUUUGUGGUGGGGGUGGGAGGGGACUAACACAGCUCACUCUUGAUUGUAAAUGACCCAUCUCAGUGGGUUGUGAAGCAUCAUUCAAAACUAGUCUCUACUUGCGUGCCAUUCUUUUUUUACAUGUAUUAUUCAGUUAGUAAGUUAAUUGUUCAGUUUCUAGAGAACAUGCUAGCAUUGUUUUUUUUUAAUAUAUAAUGUUGUAUUAAUAUAGAUUUUCAUUUGUUUUUUUGAUAAUGAACAAGGUGUGUUGGUUACUUUUUGUAACAUAAAAGAUGGCUAGAAGCAUUUCUGAAGCGAUACCAAUAUAUUUUAGCCUGGCAUCUUUUUUGUUUUUUUUUAAAAAAAAAAACAAAAAAACAUUUAUGUUAACAAAAUAACACUGUACAACUGAAUAUGAGAUAAUAACCAAAAUGUUCUCACAAAGCUAGAUUUGAAUUGUGUUUAGCCUUUGCAAAGUGGUGAUCUUGCAUGUUGUUGACUCAUCUGUAGCAUUUUCACAUAGACCUAAUCCUAGCUUUGAAUCACAAGUUUCUGUUUAGUCCCCAAGGGAAAGACUGAGAUAUAAUUCUCUAUAUACAACAUGUAAAUUAAAAGUGGGAAGGCUCUCAGAGCAUUUAGUACCAAAUUAAUUGACCUCAGCUGAACUGCUUCAACAUCAGACAGACAUGGUUCCUCUCCUGAGGCUUUAGGAAGAGCAUACAAUUUUAACUACAGUAGUUAAUUGUCAUAUAAUUAGUGAGUAGUGACUGAUGAGUAAACCAAUCGAUUUCAAAGUGUACUUGCCAGAUUAGCAGUAGUAGUAGGCACUCAAAAAUAGUCCGUUGCUUUUAUUUUUUAACCUCUUGUAUGAGAUAGGAAAAAUUCUCGACCCUUUUUGACUGUUGCACCCUGACAUUACUGGUAAGCUUUAUUGAUCCGAUAUUAAUAAUCAGAUUAAAAUGAAAGUUUUAAAAUAUUUUUGUAUAACAGUCAUUGAUAUGUUGGACUUUGUGCUGAGCAGAAUCAGUUUCAGUAGAUUACUUUCAGUAGGAAUGCAUGCUUUAAUCUGGCAAAUGCAGGCAGCAGGAAUUUCUGUUUUGCAUAAAUAAAGACAAUCAUUGAGGGUGGUCAUAAUGCAUUAUCUAGUAUUGCUAGUCAGCACAUUUUCACCACUGACACAGUGUCAUCAAUAGCAGUGGAUUUGUUCUCCCAAUAAAGACCCCUUGACUAGUACUGUAAAACAAGAUUGUGGCUCCCUGGAUUGGUCUGUGGCAGCAGCCAAGGUUCCAUAUCUGGGUGCUACAAAAGUCUGUAAAUCUCAGUAUUCUGAUAUUGCAGUGAAAUCAGUCAACUUGCAUGCAACACACACAAUAUACAACUAUGGCCAAAUGUAUUUCAUCACCCUAUAGAAUGAAUUCAUUUUGCUUCAUAAAGUUGAAUGAAACAUGCUGAAUAAUGUUGCAUUAACAUAUUGCAUUGCAUACCGCGUUGUAGUGCUCCAUAUACCUAACAAAAAACUGACAAAAAUUGAAAAAUGUGACAUGAAAUACUGUACUACUAUUAUGGUUUCUGGUAAA